AUGCAGGAGUGUUUACAGUUCCCGUCGCUUAAGAUCCCAUCUAGACCCAGCCCACAGGAAAAAGCUAUUUUAUUCGGGCUUCUCUACUUCCGAAAACAUAUCAGCUUCGAAAUCAUAUCACUCAUGUAUCCACAAGGCUUUCUUAUACAAGAUAUAGGGUUGAAGAUAUUUGACCGCUCUGUUGCGUUCCAACCUAGUCGAGCAUGCCAGUCGCUGUCCACCGAACCUCAUGUUGGUAAAAAGACCGUAACCUCCACUGAAAGAACUAAGUCUCAGGAAGCCUCGACUCUAUCCCAACGUCUCCCAAAGGGAUUAGCCUUCGGCAAGGAAACCGCUGGCUCAAAGAUUCCCUUGCUGGGGCGACUGAGCGAGACUAAGGGUGACAUGGCACAUGCUACCCUCGCGGCAAGCCCAUCAGUCAGCCAUGAGAGGACCAAAAAGGACAAUGUGUCUUCAGUAGGCCUCUGGUUCAGUGAAGCUAACUCGGGAUGCCUUACUGGGUCUGAUCGGUUACACUGCGCCCAACGAAAGCUCAUUCUGGAACGGUACGAGUAUGGAAAGGCCGGUAUUGGCUCGCUGUACUGGGACACGACCGAUGGCGUGACAACUUACAUGAAUAAGCCUCUCAGCUGA